GAGUCCUUCUUGAGUCUCGGUAUUCUACGUGACGAGUUGACUAUGACCAACACUGUCGCAAGACCUGAACAGAUGACGAACAAUGUCACGGCCGGAAUGCUGACCACCACAGGAACAAGACCUGAACAGAUGACGAACAAUAUCACGGCCGGAAUGCUGACCACCACAGGGGCAAGACCUGAACAGAUGACGAACAACGUAACAGCCGAAAUGCUGACCACCACAGUGGUACGACCUGAACAAAUGUCGAAUAAUGUCACGGCCGGAAUUCUGACCAUUACAGGAGUACAAACUGAGCAAAUGUCGAAUAAUGUCACAGCCGGAAUUCUGACCACCUUGGCUGUUUCCAGUGAUAUGAACACUACUUCAGAUACAGAUUUUUCUACUUCAGUUGUGAACUUCACCACGUAUAACCUGGUCACUACGACACAUGUCUACGAAAACAUCACCCCAGUCACUCUCUUGUUCGUCUUCGGCGUUGUUGGUAACGCAAUUGCUUUAUGCGUUUUGUGUGUUUCCUCGAAAACUCACAAAUGGCGCCCAUUCUACAGACUCGUGUGCGGACUGGCAAUAUCAGAUGGUGGUGGGAUAUUGGCAUCUUAUCCAUUUGCAGAGUAUCGCUACAUCUCUAAUUUUGAGUACACAUUCCCUAAAGCAUUGUGUGAUUACCUGGGCUUUGUUUUCAUGUUUACUCUGAUGUCAUCGGCUAUGAUCGUCUGCUGUAUGUCAUUUGACCGCUUCUUCGCAAUAUUCUUUCCGUUCCUUUACAACACUCCAACAAAGAACCGUCGAGCUAUGAUUAUGCUGGGGUUUGUCUGGACGCUGUCGGGAGUUAUCAGUUCUCUCCACCUGUACGGAUUAGGCGCCAGUAAAAACUACUAUCCAGGUUCCUGGUGUUUCCUAGACUUUAUAGACAUGUCCUCCACAUCUAAAGUGAUCUACUCCUACAUUUACGCCACAAGUGGAGCUUUGGUAGUCAUUCUGACAGUGCUGAUAAACUUUUUAGUCAUCGUGUUCUUCAUCAAGAAUAAAUUCAGCAAGUCUGUCGCCAAGAGCAACAGGAACGACCUGCCCGUGGUCCUCUUUCUCCUGAUGAUUGUCACGGUUUUCACGUCUUGUUGGGCUCCACUUAUGGUGAACAUAUUUCAGCACGCUACAUUCUCGGUUGCUGGACAAGGUAAGACUGAAUUAACGCUUCUGCGCAUGGGCGUGACCAACUCCGUAAUUGACCCAUGGAUCUACAUCCUGUUCCGGAGGGAAGUGUUUGUUAUGCUGGUAAAUUUUGGUAAUCGUCUACUUGGAAGAAACGAGACGUCAACCAAUAAGAACAAAGGAUUGAAGACGAUAUCGAAAACGACAACCGCUUAGUGAUUGUAAAUGCUGGAAAAUGUUGCUCUUUGGGCAUUAGAUUAUGAGUCUAGAACUGUCUAGUGUGUUCAAAAACAGACUCGAAUCAAUUUAGGUUUUAUUUUAAACUACACGUCUUGUGAAAUAUUUGUUGUCAGAUUAAACAUUUCAGUCGAUUAU